UACGUCAGUUCACUAUUUCAAAUUAAAUCAACCACAAGAAAUGGCAAAACAACGCAUCUUUUUAAUUUUAUUAUGAGCAACGGUGAAAUUACCAUUCAAAUUGCUGCCUGGAAUGAUUUAGCUUUUAAAUAUGCAGACAUAAUAACUCAAACAGAACAAGUUUAUUCUCUACAAAAAGUGGUACCUAAAAUCCCUUUGAGGAAAGAAUAUUUACAUAAUGCUUCAUUUCCAUACGAAUUAUUAAUCCGAAGUUUCACUAUUGUCGUUCCUAUUGGCAUUUAUAAAAUACCAAAAGAAAUUGAAACAAUUUCUUUGAUUAAAAUGCAAAAUGCCAGAACCAAAAGUGGUUUAAUAAUAGAAAUGGAACAUCAUAUAAAAAUGAUUUUUGAAAAAUCAUCUAAUAAUCAUUUUUACAUUGGAGCGAUUACAGAUGGUUAUUAUAAACUGUCUGUUUUAAUAACAUGUAAUGGAGAAUUUGAAGAUAAUUUCACUUACGGCUCACCAAUUAAAGUAAUAGGAAAAUGCAAGUACCUGAAAAUAAACCUCCAUAUCUUUCAGUUUCGUCAGUGGAAAAUGUGCAAUUAA